AUGACAACAACAACAACAAAAGCAAUAAUAUUAGUUGGUGGACCAAGUAAAGGUACUAGAUUUCGUCCUCUUUCAUUAGAUGUACCAAAAUUAUUAUUCCCAAUAGCAGGUAAACCAAUGAUUUAUCAUCAUAUUGAAGCAUGUUCAAAAGUUGAAAAUAUGAAGGAGAUUAUAUUGAUUGGAUUCUUUCAAGAGAGUGUUUUAUCCAAAUUUAUAAGUGAAACAUCAAAGCAAUUGAAUGUUGCAAUUCGUUACAUCAAUGAAGAGAAGGUAUUGGGAACAGCAGGUGGUUUAUAUCAUUUUCGUGAUAUCAUUUUAGAGGGUGGUCCAUCAGAAAUCUUUGUAUUACACUCUGAUAUAUGUUGUGCAUUCCCAUUGAACGAUCUCUUACAAUUUCAUAAACAACAUGGUAGAUCUUGCACAAUAAUGGGUACAGAGAUAGAAUCAGCAUAUGCAAAUCAAUAUGGUUGUUUAGUACGUGAUGAAAAAACUGCUGAAUUACUUCAUUACGCUGAAAAACCUGAAACUUUUGUUUCAAAUUUAAUCAAUUGCGGUGUCUAUUGUUUUUCACCUCAAUUCUUUGAUGUCAUUGGUAAAACUAUGAUUGAUUUAAAAACUUCUGGUCAAAAUAUUACUACUGAUUAUCCAGAAAUUACAAGAAAAGGAUUUGAUGUUGAACGUCUUAGAUUAGAACAAGAUAUUUUCGUUCCAUUAGCAGGUACAGGAUUUAUUUCAGUUUAUCCAUAUGUUGGAUUUUGGAGACAAAUUAAAAAUGCAGGUUCAUCAGUUUAUUGUCAAGAACUUUAUUUAAAUCAUUUUGCAAAAACAAAACCAGAAGUUUUAAAAAAAGGAAAUAAUAUCAUUGGUAAUGUUAUCAUUGAUUCAACUGCUUCUGUUGAUCCAUCAGCAAUUAUUGGACCAGAUGUUUAUAUUGGACCAAAUGUUAAAAUUGGUAAAGGUGUUAGAGUCAUUCAUUCAAUUAUUUUAGAUCAAACAGAGAUUAAAGAUCAUGCAUGUAUAAUUUAUAGUAUUAUUGGUUGGCAAAGUUUAAUUGGUGUUUGGGCAAGAAUCGAAGGUAUUCCAAACUAUACACCAUUCCUUUAUAGUCAAGAUAAAAGAAGAGGUGUUACUAUUUUUGGUGCUGGUGCUCAAGCAAAUGGUGAAAUCAUCGUUUCAAAUUGUAUCGUUAUGCCUCAUAAACAAUUAGAUAGAAAUUAUAAUAAUGAAAUCAUUUUGUAA